UAUUUUAUUUAAGGUGCAUCCACCUUAAAUGUAUGUCUUCACUUUCAAUGUACAGGCAUCUAACCCGUGCGCUUCAGACCUCCGCCCAGCGAGGCUCUGUCAAGGCUCUUCCCUUCGCCCUUGAUAGCCGUUGUGCAGGUUUCUCUACAAGGGUUGAUAAAAUGAUGAAAAAUGGUCCUGAGCAGAUUACAAGGCUAUUGUUCUGUGGGUUGGAGUUCCCUGCAUCUCACACAUACACAAUAGAAUAUUUGAAAAAGUACCCAUUUAUUCAGGUGGAUGUGCUACCUCGUGGUGAUGUUCCUAAUGCUAUACAUGAAUACCAUGCAUGUGUAGUCAAAAUGUGCCAGCUAGAUGAAAAUGUAAUUUCUAGAGCAGUUCAGAUGAAACUUAUCUUGCAGUUUGGUGUUGGGCUGGAAGGUGUUGAUGUUAAGGCUGCUACAAAGCAUAACAUUAAGGUGGCAAGGAUUCCGGGGCAGACAUGUGGAAAUUCUGCGUCAUGUGCUGAAAUGGCGAUAUAUUUGAUGUUGGGCCUUCUUCGGAAGAAGACAGAGAUGGAAGCAGCUAUAAAGCAGAAAAUUCUAGGUCAACCAAUUGGUGAUACACUACAGGGGAAAACAGUCUUUAUUAUGGGAUUUGGUGCUAUCGGGGCUGACCUUGCUAAGAGACUGCGCCCAUUUGGAGUCAAAAUUCUUGCAACUAAAAGGAAAUGGGUUGAUUCACCACAGCUGAAUGGUUCUACUGAUGAUGCUUCUAACCUCAUCAGUCAAAGUGAUGCAACUGAUGAUCUGGUUGACAAGAAAGGAACCACGAAGGAUAACUAUAAUUUCGCCGCUGAAGCUGAUAUAGUGGUCCCCUGCUUGAGGUUAACUGAUGAAACAGCUGGCAUCAUCAAUAAGUCAUUCCUUGCGUCAAUGAAAAAGGGUUCUCUUCUGCUGAAUAUUGCUCGAGGCCACAUCCUAGACUAUGAAUCAGUGUAUCAAUCGCUCAAAUUAGGUCAUCUAGGCGGCUUAGGCCUUGAUGUCGCUUGGCAAGAACCAUUCGAUCCAGAUGAUAAGAUCCUAAAAUUCCCAAAUGUGAUCAUUACGCCUCAUGUUGCCGGUGUCACCGAACCUUCUUACAGAACAAUGGCAAAGGUUGUUGGUGAUUGUCUCAUUGAACUUCACAAUGGACAAAAAUUAACAGGCAUUGAAUUUGUGGAGUGAAGAACAAUGCAACUGUGUGGGUUCUGCUGUUACUUUUCUUUCAGCAGGUGAUGUGAACCUUUGUCCCUUUUUAAUGAAUAAAUGAUAAUGGAUAUUAUUUAUUGUCACAUUUUCUGCAAAAUAAUCUUUUUCCUUUCCUUUUCUA